AUCGAGGAACUCACUAUUUAUUAAUUUGCGAAGCCUGUUUCUGGUUGUUGUUUUUGUUUGUUUUUCAUCGAUUUACCGACAGCUAUGAAUAUUUCCGAGUGCAUUUGAAGGCAUCACCAGACGUUUACGUCGAAAUCGAAACUUACGGACAUGGAAGCGGAAAUGCUAACUUGUGUGUUCGAGAGUCUCUUUUUUUCCCCCCAGAAUUUCAUAUUUAAUUAAGAAUUAAGGUUUAUUAUGAUGGCGUCAGAAAACUAUGUAGAUCAGCUGAAUCGCUAUUCGCACCAAACUGGGGAAACUGUGUCAUACGAGGAAGUUGGAUGUGUUGGCCCGGACCACAGUAGAACAUUCAAGUUAAGAGUGGUCAUCAAAGGACAGGCCUACCCUGAAGGUGUGGGGAAGAACAAGAAAGAAGCUAAACAGAAUGCUGCUAAAAAUGCCUGUGAAUGCCUGUUUGAUAAGCCUGCUGAUUCCGCAGAAUAUUCAGCCAAAGCUUCUCCCGCUCUAGUACAACUAAAAGCCUCCAACUACACAAGCUGGCUUAAUCUACACAGCCAGGGAAACGGGGUGACCAUCAGACCCGAGGAGACGACCUCAAUUGGACCAGUUUAYGCAACUCACUGGUGUAAGUUUGUGGUUGGUGAUAAGGAAUAUCCAGCGGCUUCAGGAAGAACUAAGAAAGAAGCUAAAGAGGAAGCUGCCAAGCUGGUGUACCAGGAGAUGAUGGGCAGCAACACUUUAGAUACUGGAGAUGAUACAGACAGCGGCACAUCGAGUCUACGAAGUGAGGAUUUGGAGAAAGAUGCAUCGAAUAUUUGUAACCAGUUGAAACAUCUGAACACGCUGACAGAAGACCAAAGUUUUGCAGGAACUAAUUUCAUAGGAAUGAUCUAUAUGCGCUGUCAGGAAAGAGGUUGGUCCUGUGUUUUUACUGAAGAGAAGAGAUGCGGCCCCUCUCAUAUCCCAGAAUUUUUCUACAAAGUUGUGAUCAAYGACAAAGAAUACCCAGUUGGUAAGGGUCGGAGUAUCAAGGAGGCCAAACAGAAGGCAGCUAAGUUGGCCUGGUCUGAACUUAAUCAUCAGUCUGACUUAAACAAAAAGGUUGUGUCUGAUGAAGGUGCAGAAGCCAAAAAUUCUCCAACAAGUUUAAAGGACUCUGGUCAAAUAAAAUCAAACAGUUUGACACCAAGUGCAAGUGAUUCCAUUGUUUUCAUGGAUCCAUCUCCCAUCAUUCAGAUUCAAAGUCCAGAUGUGAAACCCAAAAUAAAAAUUGCAGCAAAUUUCCACAAUGUUUGUAAUAAGAGUAAAGAGGAUUUGAUCAAUUUUAAACUGAAGGACAAAGGAAACAGUCAGAGAACAAAAACACCAACUCAACCGGUGUCCAGUUUCAGCAGGUUUACGUUGGAUUAUGACUCCAUUCAAAGCCUCGACAAAGGAGCCUUUGGACGUGUUUUCAAGGCGAAACAUAAACUGGAGAACAAGUUUUAUGCAGUGAAGAUUGUACGCUACAAAGAAAAAACCCUACAGGAGGUGAAAGUCUUGUCAGACCUCAACCACUGCAACAUCGUUCGGUACCACUCAUGUUGGAUAGAGGACACGACUUAUCAGUGGGACGGUUCAUCCGAUGCCAGCAGUGCUUCACAGUCUUCCACUGACUUUGCCGUGAAGUACCUCUACAUUCAAAUGGAGCUGUGUGACAUUAAAACACUGAGAGUGUGGAUAGACGAGAAGAACAUUCAGAACCCGAAGAAAUCUUUGCGGGACUCCAAGAGGAGAGAAGACGGUCUAUCCAUUGCCCUGCAAAUAAUCAUCGGAGUCGAAUACAUUCACUCCAUGAACCUCAUCCACAGAGACUUGAAGCCUGCGAACAUCAUGUUCAGUCGAACCGGCACAGUGAAGAUCGGAGACUUCGGUCUGGUGACUCCUGUGAUCAACGACGACUCAGAGAACCAGAGGGAGAGAAGAGGCUACAAGGGAACCCCGUCUUACAUGGCUCCUGAGCAGAGGAACGGGAUCCUUUAUGACCGGAAAGUGGACAUUUUUGCUUUGGGGCUGAUAUAUUUCGAACUUUUCUGGAACAUCCCGACUAUUCAUGAGAAGAACAAUAUGUGGGACGAUGUCAGAAAUCAGAAGCUUCCGCUGGUAUUUUGUCAACAUUUUAUUGAAGAGAGCCAAAUCAUAAAAUCGAUGCUGUGCUUCAAACCAGAAGAGCGACCAGAAGCCUCCAAAAUAAAAUCGGACUUGGAAGAGCACAAACGUUCACUUGAGGCCCUUAAAAUGCUGCAGCGAGACCGUCAGACGGUCUGAAAACUUCAAGAAAACAACCUGAAAAAGUCGAGUUUAUUAACUUAAAAUCACAUUCUUCUGUGAAACCAGUAUCAGGAUCUGCUGGAACAAAAUGUCACGAUUAUGUUUUAUGUGAGGUACUGGAAGAGAGCGCAAAACUUCAUUAAUUUUAUCAAGAGUAGCAACAAAAUGUUGCUUUUUAAUUAAUACUCGUGUUUUGGAGUAAAAUCUAUCAGCAGGUACUGGAAAUAUGAAUGUUUUUAAUUAUGACAGGACGCCACAUCAUCGCUAAUUUUAACACUWAAAAAUAAAAUAAUGAAUUUGCAGUAUUGUUUUUGGUCAAUGUAUCUUUUGGUCAUUGGAUUUUCAUUUUUGAAAUGGGUAUUAAAAAACAAGAAAUGA